AUGUGUCACCAAAACAAGAGGAAGUCCAAGGAGGAGGGCACUUCUGCAAAUUCUGCUCAAUUUAAGGUGAAGAGGGGAAUGAAAGGAAAGAAGCAAAAGAAGAUGCAAAUUGAUAUUGGUGAAGAAAAGAAGAAGAAGAAGAGCAAAGAAGAACAGAAAGGAGCAGAAAAAGAAGGUCCAACAGGAUACAUUCAUUUGAGGGCUAAGAGGGGACAGGCCACAGACAGCCAUAGCCUUGCUGAGAGGGUGAGAAGGGAGAAAAUAAGUGAAAGAAUGAAGCUCCUCCAGGCUAUUGUCCCUGGCUGUGACAAGGUUACUGGGAAGGCCCUCAUGUUGGAUGAGAUUAUCAAUUAUGUCCAGUCCCUUCAAAAUCAAGUGGAGUUUUUAUCAAUGAAGCUUGCUUCUGUAAAUCCCAUGUGUUAUGAUUUUGGGAUGGACUUGGAUGCAUAUAUGAUGAGGGCUGAUCAGGAGUUGAGCAACUUGAGCACACAAGUACCAAGCAUGCAAGCAUGCAGCCCCACAAUAGCCAAUAUUAACUAUCCUAUACUGGAUACCUCUGCUAAUUAUUUUAUGUUCCAACAAGCUCAAUUUCCAAAUAUUCUCCCUCAGGGAAGAAGUCAAAGAAAUAUAAAUGAGUCAGGGAUUGAGCAGCAGCCUGUUUUCUUCCCAUUAAUAUGA